CACUCAUCCUUUGCUCCCGGUGGGUUUUGAUUCCACGCUCAUCCCGUCGAAUUGCUCUUCCUCUUAGUUCUUCACUUCAGGCUGCGUUCUGUAGUCUUGCACCCUUGGCACUCUUCGUGCCCUCCAUUCAUUCGUCCUUUUCCCGUUUCCAGCCUUCUGGGUGUAAAAUCCUAGAAACGGAAACCUUGCUUGUACCUUUGCACCUCUACGGCUGAUUAGCAAUCUCAUCGCUGCUUUCAUCGGCUCGUGAGCUCCUCUUCAAGCUUGUUGGUCUACGCUCGACUGAAAAAUGUCGAACAACGAUCUCCAAGCUCUCUUUGCCAACCUGAAGCCCAAGGCUCGCGACUCGCCUGCGCCUUCCCAAGCUUCUAAUGGUCUCAGCACCGGCGGAUUUCCUCCUCAGUCUGCAAAUGCUGCUGCUCAGCCAUUGCCUUCGACGCCGCCGGCUUUUGCUUCGUUCGGAAACGUACGCUCGCAACCUGCUGCCGUGCCCUCGCAGGGCGGUGCUGUCACGGCCCAGUCACUUCUGAAUCUACUCAAUUUCGGAGCCGCGUCUCAACCUACUGCCAAUAUCGGUGCGACCUCUCCUACUCCUGCAGUUGCUCAGACUCCCAACAAUGAGAACGUUUUGCCAAAAUCAGAAGAAGGAGGAAACACCGCCCGAGGCCCGUCGUUGUCAGCAUCCGAUCUCGUCGCAAAAUUCAUGAGUCCUCCUCCAGCUAAACCCUCCACCGCACCCAAGUCACCGUUCAACUUGGAAGAUCAAGGAGGAGGCGGCCAUGAACCGUCAUCCGCCACCGCUCAGCAUGCUUCCCAGGACGCACUGCUCAAGCUUCUCAGCAAAGCGCAACCAGGGAACGUAGGUCGACAGAUUUCUGUGGAUAGGGUUCGUCCCAAGCAGCAGCAGUCAGAGCCUGAGGAUAAGAGUCCAAAUCACUCAAGUCCAGAUGCGGUCAGCCUUCCUGUCCGUGUGUUUGGUGCAUCCCCGGCCACGACCGGAGGUCAAGAGCAGAAUGGUCAUAACCCAGCGGUCGACUCAGGUGUCGAGAACAAGCCGCUCUUUACCUAUGUCAAUCCAUUUGAAGCACUCCAGGCUUCCCGUUCACAGACCCAGAAGACCAAGACCCCCAUCCCAGCGGUCAGUGCUUCUGACAUACCUGUCCCGAGUAUCGAGUCUGCUCAUGACAACAUUCAGGAAGGCGCCUCACCCGUCGCUACCCCGGAGCAAAUUACCAAGAGGAAGAUCCUAACACCUCGUCUACCAUCCACAAGCAGACAGGGUACUCUCUCUCGGGAGCCCUCGGUGUCUGUGCCUGAAAAGGAGAUCGAGACCGAGAUGACUGAGAAGGAGAAGCGAGCACAACUGGAAAGACUGUUCGGGGUGCCGAAGCCUCCCGUUGUUGAGAAACCUGAGGUUAUGAACGAGCCAAGCAAUGGCAUUCAGCAUGACGACCACCCCGACAAACCGACUGAAGCAGACGCGAACGGCGGGGAUGAAUGGGAAGAUGCGGAAGAAUCGCCUUCCAAAGAGUCUGGCGAGCGGGUCAUUCCUGUCUACAAUUUCCCCAUCAAACCAUUCGUUUCUAUCUCGCUGAAGUUGGACACACCUUCUGAUGUGUCAAUUCGCGAUGAUGGCGUCAUGGAGAUUUCUCGUUUGAAGAAAGAGUUUGACCAGCUUGAUCGCUCUCUGGCCGUGGCAACUGCCAAAUAUAUCACCUAUGCGCUGAUCAAGAGUGGUGGUAUGCGAAUCAUACGACAAGAUGAUGGCAGCGAUCGACAAGUCUUCAAGAAUUCCCACGAUCGCAUUUUCAACGUCGCUUUCUGUACCACCUCACUCAACGGACCCGCUUCUGACGAGCAGGCCGUUCUUGGGACGGGAGUUAGCGGAGCCGUGUAUUAUGCCACCAUUCAGAAAGAAGGUAACGAUUUGUUUGAGAAGAAUGAGCUCGAGUCCGAAACCCUUAUUUUCCCUCCCCACCCACCAGCGGAUGAGAAUACGGCUGGAGGCGUUCUCAAGACCCGUGCCAAACGAAGCUCGCGGCAUCCAGAGUUCUUUGCCAUUGGAAGAGGAAAGGCAAUUCAUCUUAUUUGGCCUGCGGCUGCACUUUCCUCGCGCUAUGGGGUUGACGAGAACAAUCGUCGCGUUGACGUGGAAAAGUUAUUUUCAGAGCGUGCGUUUCGGAUCUCCACCGGUAAGGCCGGCAAGGAUUUCACUUUCAGUGAGGAUGACAGCCUGAUUGUCUCUUUGGAUAAGACUGGGAGGUUGCGAUUUUGGGAUAUUCGCAAGCUUAUUGAGGAGUCCAAUGCAACUGCUGCACACGAUGCCGGCCUCACCGUUGAUACGCCACUGCUCUCAUUGUCUACAGCUUCACCCGCGGAAAAGUCAUGGCCUACGUCAGUGCUCUUCGUUGACAAGUCCCGUCCUUACAUAAAGGGAGGUGCUUUGCGGUACGUAUUGGUCGGUUUGAGACAGAACCACACGUUGCAGCUUUGGGACAUUGCUCUGGGAAAAGCUGUUCAGGAGAUCAACUUUCCUCAUGAGAACGAGACCGAUGGUAUUUGCAGCGUCAACUAUCAUCCCAACAGUGGUAUCAUUGUGGUUGGCCACCCUACCAGAAACUCCCUCUUCUUCAUCCACCUUUCGGCUCCUCGAUACACCCUUAGCUCGUCCUGUUCACAAGCUGCCUUUGUUCAACGCAUUGCGUUGAAAGAUCCGGAACUACCCAAGCCAGAAUCCACAGCUUGCAUGAGCGGCAUCCGCGAGAUCUCGUUCUCCGGAAGAGGUCAACUUAGGAGCGUUGAAUUACUACCUAUCUACCGAGGCACGGAUGACAAAAAGACAAUCGACGAGAAGGCGGCACUGUUUGAACUCUAUGUGGUUCACUCUAAAGGCGUGACUUGCUUGACCAUCAAUAAGGAAGAUCUUGGCUGGAAUGCUGACAGUAAAGUUGUCCACGGUAUUAGCGCCGCCGAUGAAGGUCUCAUCAGCCUGAAGGAACUGCGACUUGGAAGUGUCAUUGAAGAAACCCAAUCAAGCAAGAUCCCUGUUGAAGACGCUCCACAGGCUUCCAAGGCCUCCAAGAAGAAGUCUGCUAAGAAGGCUGAAACUUCUACUGAGCGUACUGAAGCUGCGCCGUUAGAAGUGCAAGAGCCAUCCAAAGCAGCUUCUGCACCCCUCGCAGUUCCUGAACCUCAAGCCGAGCCAGUGCCGAGUGAAGGCACAUCCAACAAGCAAAGCAAGAAGAGCAAAAAGAAGGCUGCACAAGCCACAGACCUCAGUGCUUCAGACAAGCCAGCUUCACGUACGUCCUCGCCGAGCAAGCAGCAGCCUGUGUCUGCCCAAGCUUCUGUUGAGCCAGGCUACACAACAUCUGAAGAUCCUUCAACCAGAAAGCCUGUUCCAACAGCUGCUGAAGAAUCUUCGAAUAAGGCCGUCUCCGUAGGCAUUUCCGGUGACUGGCUUGAUAAAGAGCUCAAAAAACUGGAGCGUGUCGUAGCGGGCGAGUUCCGUAACGAACUUACUGUUUUGUACCAGAACAUCCAGAAUGAUCGAGUUGUACAAGACCAGUCUAACAUUAGAAACCAACAAAAACUUCUUGAGGUAGUCUCCAACACCUUGACCAACAACGUUGACAAGGCCAUGUCACGCAUUGUGUCUGCACAGAUGCAGCAUUCCGUGGUUCCAGCUGUCACUAGUGCUACUUUACAAGCUGUCAGCGGACAGGUGGGUGACGCCGUUCAGAAGUCCCUUCAGUCUCUGGUGCCGCAAGAAUUGGGUGCUCGAUUGCCGGUUGCUAUCAACGCAGCUCUCCAGAGUCCUCAGAUGAGUCGGACCAUUGCAGACACUAUUUCCCAGAAAAUUUCGAAGCAAAUGGAGGCACAGCUCGUGGAGAUACUACAAAAACAAAUCGUGCCGGCAUUCAAGACGCUUGCGGUGUCUGCCGCUGAAAAGGCUGCAUCUGAUGUCGAGGUUCGGUUCCGUAAUGAAAUACGUCAGCUGGAGACUGCCAGGCAACAUGACAUGGAUAGGCUGGAGAAGCUUGGUCAAGUCCUUCAGGCCACCACGGAAACCUUGCAACAGAUGUCAAAUUCUCAGGUCGCAUUCCAAAAUCAGAUCUUGAAGGAUCGUCGUCAAUUGGCUCUUCUCGGAGAGGGCAGCACCCCUGGUGGAUCACUUCAAGUGUCUACCGCACGUAUGACUCCAUCGCCACAAAGUCUUGGUCACCAGAGCAUGCCUAAACAGAAGACGAAAGAGCAAGCCGAAUUUGACGAGAUCACCGACCUGAUGAACGAAGGACGUUACGAGGAAGGCUCGAUCAAAUGGCUACAAUCAAGCCAGCCGGUUGACCUUUUCGACAAACUCUUCAUCCAUUAUACGCCCGAGUAUCUUGCUACAGAUGUUUCGCCUCUCAUUGCAUUUUCCAUUGCUAUCACCAUUGGCAAUUCUCUGGGCACAAACACUGCUCGGAGACUGGAAUGGAUCUUGGCAGCUUUCGAAGCAGUUGACGUCUCGGUAUGUGAUGGCUCUUACAUGCAUUUUGUGGCUUCGCUAACCUUUACCUUUCAGGAUCCUGAGAUAGCUGAUUUAGCACAGCAUGCUCCAGCGCUUUUGACCUCGCUUAUUACAAAGCUUGAAAGUCUGUACAUGACGAUUGCAGAGCGAGACCCUCGAGAUCCUGCUCUACAGCUCAUGCCGUUGGUUUCGAGAAAGGCAAAAGAUCUGAGGACGGCAUUGCUGGGCGCAGUUGGUCUAGGUCGAGGAGGCCGUAUGGGUUGAUAGAAGAGUGAAUGGAUGAUAUUUGGACACUUUACUUGAGAAGUACCUCAUGAUCGGUAGGGGUAUGGGUAGAAACAACUACCUGAGGUGAUGGUGUCGGGGUUUGUGGAUUGUAUAUCUUCGCGGAAUUUCCACAGCAGCGGGGAAGGGGACGGUCGGGAGCAUUUGGUCGCAUUAUGUACGUGUUGAUAGGGUCAUUUUGUAGCUGAUGUCUUCUCGUAGAUGAUCGCGAGAUCCCGGCGAGAGUUAAAAUAAGACAGAAGCAUCAUGUCAUCGGCAAAAAAGGAAAAACAUGAGCAACAUGACUCUUGGGGCGGUGCAGGAUUUUGGUUUUCGACUAGACACGAGAUGUGAAGAUAGAAAAUGCAAGAAGUUGCUCUGUGUGAUUA